UUAAUGCAGAAAUGAUUUACCGGGCUAUUCUGGUAAAGCGUUAAGGUUUUUUUGAGAAAGCUAUUUCCAAAUUUUUCAAACAAAAAGAAAUGCAGAAGUUAUUUUCUUGAAGUUGUGUAAAAGGAUUCUGUGGUUUUCUGCUAGUCUGAUUCUGAGUAAAAUUAAACGAACUAGAUUUUUCCAAUGUAAAACUUUUUGGUACAGUGGGGUGUUGCAUGUUGUUUCACUGUAAACCCUAAGGCUCAAAAUAAUUAAUUGGUUUGAGUAGGACAGAAUCAAAAAACACAGGACAAGAUGUUAGAAGCUGUCUCUUGUGCCAGUAGUUGGUGAGCACUUUUUUGAGAUGUACCUUAUUGCUGGGAAUGAUAGACAAUCAACUGGUGGGGAUUCUCUGAGUUAUGUGAGAGAGGAGGAACGACAUGUUCGAGCCAACGAUCGGGACUACAAUGAGAGAUUCAGUUAUGCUGACAAUCGCAUCAAGACAGCAAAAUACAACGUUUUCACCUUCCUGCCCAUUAACUUGUUCGAGCAGUUUCAACGUUUUGCGAACGCCUACUUCCUAGUUCUGCUGAUACUGCAGUUAAUUCCAGAAAUCUCAUCUCUUUCAUGGUUCACCACCAUUGUGCCUUUGGUGUUGGUGUUGGCUAUCACAGCUGUCAAAGAUGCUACUGAUGACUAUUUCCGCCAUAAAAGUGAUCAACAAGUCAACACCCGGCAGUCUCAGGUACUCAUCAAAGGAAAAUUGCAGAAUGAAAAGUGGAUGAAUGUAAGAGUGGGUGAUAUCAUCAAACUUGAGAACAAUCAGUUUGUUGCUGCUGACCUUCUCCUCCUCUCUAGCAGUGAGCCCUAUGGACUGUGCUAUAUCGAGACUGCAGAGCUAGAUGGAGAAACCAACCUGAAGGUGCGCCAAGCCUUGACUGUAACCUCAGACCUCGGGGACGAUGUUGCAAAGCUUGCUGACUUUAAUGGGGAAGUCAUCUGCGAGCCUCCCAACAACAAACUGGACAAGUUCACAGGGACUCUAUUCUGGAAAGAUAACAAGUACCCACUGGACAACGAGAAAAUGCUCUUGAGAGGCUGUGUGCUCCGUAACACCGAGUGGUGUUUCGGCUUGGUUAUCUUUGCCGGACUCCAAACCAAGCUCAUGCAAAACUGUGGGAGGACGACGUUCAAAAGGACCAGCAUCGAUAAACUGAUGAACACCUUAGUGCUGUGGAUCUUUGGGUUUCUCAUCUGUAUGGGGAUCAUCCUGGCCAUCGGAAACACUAUUUGGGAGCAGAGCGUAGGCAGCAACUUCUGGGCGUAUCUUCAGUGGAAGGAACUCACGAUCAAUGCAGUCUUCUCUGGCUUCCUGACCUUCUGGUCCUACGUUAUCAUCCUUAACACUGUUGUACCCAUCUCACUUUAUGUUAGUGUAGAAGUUUUGCGGCUGGGCCACAGUUACUUUAUAAACUGGGACAGACGAAUGUACUACAGCCGUAAGGACACUCCCGCCGAGGCGCGGACCACCACCCUCAAUGAGGAGCUGGGCCAGGUGGAGUUUAUCUUCUCAGACAAAACAGGCACCCUGACCCAGAACAUCAUGGUGUUCAAUAAGUGUUCCAUCAAUGGGAAGACCUACGGUGAUGUUUAUGAUGAUUUUGGGCAUAAAGUGGAUAUUACAGAGAAAACACCAUGUGUAGAUUUCUCCUUCAACCCACUGAUGGACCGGAAAUUCCGUUUCCAUGACAGCAGUUUGGUCGAGGCCAUCAAGCUGGAAGAGCCUCUGGUGCAGGAAUUCUUCCGUCUGUUAGCGCUCUGCCACACCGUCAUGCCAGAAGAGAGAAAUGAGGGUGAGCUGGUGUAUCAGGCACAAUCUCCAGAUGAAGGAGCGCUGGUUACUGCUGCACGCAACUUUGGCUUCGUAUUUCGAUCCCGAACUCCAGAAACCAUCACUUUAUAUGAGAUGGGUCAGGCGGUCACCUAUCAGCUACUGGCCAUUUUAGACUUCAAUAACGUCCGGAAGAGAAUGAGCGUUAUUGUGAGGAACCCAAAAGGGCAGUUAAAGCUUUACUCAAAAGGAGCCGACACAAUACUCUUCGACAGGCUGGACCCGUCUACUGAAGAGCUUAUGUUUACUACCUCAGAGCACCUUAAUGAGUUCGCCGGGGAGGGUCUGAGAACAUUAGCGCUUGCGUACAAAGACCUGGAUGAAGACGUGUUUGAUGAAUGGAUGAAGAAACUGCUGUUCGCCAGCACGACCCUGGAUAACAGAGAAGAAAAACUCGGGGCUCUAUAUGAAGAAAUAGAGCAGGGCAUGAUGCUGCUUGGUGCUACAGCCAUAGAGGACAAACUUCAAGAAGGAGUUCCAGAGACUAUUGCCUGUCUGACCUUGGCCAACAUCAAGAUCUGGGUGCUCACCGGAGACAAACUAGAGACGGCAAUGAACAUCGGCUACUCGUGUAACAUGCUCAGAGACGACAUGAACGAAGUGUUUAUAAUCUCAGGUCACACCAUGCUUGAGGUUCAACAGGAGCUCAGGACUGCUAAAGAGAGAAUCGUGGGACCCAGCAAAGAUAAAUUCAGCAGUGGCCUUGACAUGGAAAAGACAGAACUGUACUCAAGUGACUCUGUCUUUGAAGAGACCAUCAUCGCAGAGUAUGCUUUAAUCAUCAACGGACACAGUUUGGCUCAUGCCCUGGAGGCAGACCUGGAGCAGAUCCUGGUGGACGUGGCGUGUCUGUGUAAGACAGUCAUCUGCUGUCGGGUCACUCCUCUGCAGAAAGCUCUGGUGGUUGAGCUCAUAAAGAGACACAAGAGAGCCGUCACUCUCGCCAUCGGAGACGGAGCCAAUGACGUCAGUAUGAUCAAGACGGCCCACAUUGGCGUGGGAAUCAGCGGACAGGAGGGCAUGCAGGCGGUGUUAGCCUCUGAUUAUUCCUUUGCCCAGUUCCGCUACCUGCAGCGUCUCCUGCUCGUCCACGGGCGCUGGUCCUACCACCGCAUGUGCAACUUCCUCUGUUACUUCUUUUACAAGAACUUCGCCUUCACACUGGUUCAUUUCUGGUACGGAUUCCUUUGUGGAUUCUCUGCCCAGACAGUAUAUGACCAGUGGUUCAUCACACUCUUCAACAUUGUCUACACCUCACUUCCUGUUCUGGCCAUGGGCCUGUUUGACCAGGAUGUGAAUGAGCAGUACAGUUUACGCUAUCCAAACCUGUACAGACCUGGUCAGCUUAACCAGCUCUUCAACAAGAGGAAGUUCUUCACCUGUACGCUGCAGGGGGUCUGCACCUCUUUUAUACUCUUCUUCAUCCCGUAUGGAGCCUUCAUGACCGCUGUCCGGGAUGACGGCGCACACAUCUCUGAUCAGCAGGCUUUCGCCGUCACAAUAGCAACCUCUUUGGUUAUUGUGGUCAGUGUACAGAUUGGACUUGACACCAACUACUGGACCGCUGUAAACCAUUUCUUUAUAUGGGGCAGUCUAGCUGUUUACUUUGCAAUCCUUUUUGCAAUGCACAGUGACGGCAUUUUUACCAUAUUCCCAAACCAGUUUCCUUUCAUAGGAACCGCACGUAACUCUCUGAAUCAGAAGAUUGUGUGGCUGGUCAUCCUCCUCACCACAGUCGUGUGUAUAAUGCCCAUGGUGGCGGUCCGAUUCAUCAAAACUGACCUCUAUCCCACACAGACUGACAAGGUGCGUUUACUUCAGCAGGCCACUAGGCGGCAGGGUCCUCAAGAGCAGAACCUCAGGAGAGUCCGCAGGACGAGUUCUCGGCGCUCGGCGUACGCUUUCGCCCACCAGCAGGGAUACGGAGAACUCAUCACCUCCGGCAAGAACAUGAAGGUACCCACAUCCUCUACUUCAACAUACCCACUAUCCUCACCCGUGAGAGGCCACGCCGACGCCAGCCGAGGGGCGAACGACACCACCAAUGCGGCAGAGACCACCUCAACCACCUCUGGAUUUAGGAGGAAAAGUGACCAAAAUCAAGAGGUAACGGUGGAAGACUUGGAGGCCAGAUAAAGGGCCGUUUUUCUUCCUUUACAGAAGGAAGAGGAAUUUGCGCCCCUCUUUAAUGUGAGAAAAUGAUAAUGGAUUCUGGCCAGACACACUCUGGGCUCCCAGAGAUGCCCGCGGGCACGGCUACACAUGCACAGGAGACUCCAAAGAGCCAGCACAAUGAAGCACAGAUAACACUAAAUUCCUUCACCCAAUUUUCACUCAUGCAAAUCUGUUGCCGCCUCACAAGGCUCGUUGAAUUUAAAAAUGAACCUCAGAUUCAUUUUGUAUUCUCACCACUUCUGGCACAGAUUCAAACGUUUUCUCAGACAGGCACCGUUUUUGUAUUUUGAGUUCUAAGAACUUGUCUUUAUGCAUUUGCGAAUGUUUUAGGCAUCUGAAACAUUAAAUCCACUGAGUUCUAUGACCUGCACAAGUUUAAACAUGUUCAACAAAUGACAUCGGUCUAAUAAUACUAAUGAGGCAUAAGGGAGUGUGUGAAAUAAUACCUCUUAUUUUGUUAUAAACACUGAUACAACCAUCUGCAGUGCAUAUUUAAUAUGGAUAUGUUUAAAGACCUUGCAUCUAUACCCACAGUUUACUAAAGUGCACCCAAAUGCAUCGCGCUACUGGAUGAGUAGUAACAAUUAGGAAUGUGCGAAAUCGAUGCCGCAGAGAACAAGCGUUGGCUGUAAAUCCUACUUUGGCGUUGCAAAGCAAGCUCUAGCUUUUUCACCAACUGAAUGGGUUUGAAAAGAUUUAAAAAUGGCACAUUUUGUUUUAAACAUACCUCUUUUAAAAAGAAAACAUCAAAGAAAAUGUAAAAACAUCACAUACUUCUCCAUAAAUCAUACCGUAGUUAGUGCUUUGGCAUGCAGCUCAGCAAACUGAGAAUAUUGAGUUUUUACGCAAAGUCGUGCCUUCCAUCAAGCGAUAGACUGAAGCAUUUACACGUUUAAACUUCUAGAAUUCCACAUAUAUCUACUACAAAGGUCUAUAAAGUGGGCAUUUAUUUCAAAUGAUCCUUUACGGAAGGGAUUUUUGUGCCUUUUUGUUUUACUUUCAUCAAAGGAAGUACUUUGAGUUCUGUUUGUCGAGUCGAAUGUGUCACCACUGUCUUUUUUUCUCUGAAUGUAUCACUUUUUUUCAGGCAUAUUAGCUGUUCAUUGCCUUCAUUGACGUAGAUACGAUUUUCUACAAUAAUUUAUUCGACGAAGGGAGUCGUUCAACAUUUCCUUUUUAUGAAUGUACAGUUGACGUUAAUUUAAUGUUAUGUUAAAUAUAUAUAUGAUGAAUGUAUAAGAUUUUUCUGCUGUGCUAUUUUGUCAACAAAGACCAUGCAGAUUGUUUAUUGUUUUUAUUUAAAUGCAUGGAUUUUUAUACAAGUCAUUGUAAUUUUUAUAUGAUAUGCAUUAAAUGGCCAUCGUUUAAUUUAUUUAAAAA